UCACCGCUAAAUCGCACAUCUCCUGGUCAUUGCUGUGUCGUUGAUGGUAUGCUUACAAUCUACCAAACAGUGCACAAAGAAGUAUACAUUUGUCGAAGUGUGUAAAUAAUGGGAAAAGGUGGAUUAUUAUCAACGGAAUGGAAUAUACCGAAGGCAACCAACAUCAAGCCAGAAUCCCACCAUGUAACAAGAGAAAAACGAAGUCAAAUACUAGGCAGUACCAACGAGAAAAAGUUUAGAGGAUGUACUAUCUGGUUCACUGGUUUAUCAGGUGCUGGUAAGACGAGCAUUUCCUUUGCACUUGAGGAGCGCCUAGUUUCCAGUGGAGUACCAUCUUACAGUUUGGACGGGGACAAUAUUAGAUAUGGUCUGAAUAGAAACUUGGGAUUUUCUGAGGAGGAUAGGAAGGAAAAUAUACGAAGAGUUGCAGAGGUAGCGAGAUUGUUCGCUGACGCAGGACAUAUUUGCCUCUGCAGUUUCAUUUCCCCUCAAACAGCGGACAGAAACAUCGCUAGGCAAAUCCACGAAAAUAACAAUUUACCAUUUUUUGAGGUAUUCGUAGACACACCACUGGAAAUUUGCGAACAAAGAGAUGUGAAAGGUCUUUACAAAAAGGCUCGGGCAGGAAAAAUCAAAGGAUUCACUGGGAUUGAUCAGGCUUACGAAAAACCGGAAAAUCCUGAGUUGGUUCUGAAGACAGUCAAUGCGUCAGUUGAAACAGCUGUAGAUAUUGUCUGGGAACUGUUACAAAAACACGGCAUUUUACCUAAACUGGUACCAGACUCACAUCUACAUUGCAACGGAAACGAGAAUAUAUCAACAGCUCAAAGUGUCACUGUUCCAGAACUGUUCGUACCUAAGAAUAAGCUACAAGCAAUUUUGGCCGAAGCAAAAAACUUACCACGAUUGGAUAUAGGGGUAGUAGAUCUGCAGUGGCUGCAGGUUUUAAGUGAAGGUUGGGCUUAUCCUCUUAAAGGUUUUAUGAAAGAGGAUGAAUUUUUGCAAGUUUUACAUUUCAACACGAUUGAAUUAAACGGAGACAAGAUCAGUCAAAGUAUUCCAAUAGUACUAGCAAUAUCUUCAGAAGACAAAAACAGGCUACAAUCUCAUAAAGCAAUUGCUCUAUAUUAUAACAAGGAAGUAUACGCUAUUUUGCGGGAUCCCGAAAUUUAUUUUCACAGAAAAGAAGAAAGAGCUGCCAGGCAGUUUGGAACUGUUGAAAAACUUCAUCCGUACAUCAAAAUGAUUUAUGAAUCCGGUGAUUGGCUAAUCGGCGGAAACAUUCAAGCUUUACGUCGAAUCAAAUGGAACGAUGGCUUAGAUGAAUACCGGUUAACUCCCAACGAGCUAAGAAAAAAAUUCCAGGAAAUGAAAGCAGAUACAGUGUUUGCUUUUCAAUUGCGUAAUCCAGUCCACAACGGCCACGCACUUUUGAUGACUGACACUCAUCGUCAACUUAGAGAUAGAGGCUACAAGAAACCUGUGUUGCUGUUAAACCCUUUGGGAGGCUGGACUAAAGAUGAUGAUGUGCCGUUGAACAUCAGAAUACAACAACAUAAAGCUGUGUUGGAGCAGAACAUCUUAAAUAAGGAUUCUACUGUUUUAGCAAUUUUUCCUAGUCCUAUGAUGUACGCAGGGCCUACAGAAGUACAAUGGCACGCAAAAGCCAGAUUGAUCGCAGGAGCUAACCAUUACAUAGUUGGUCGAGAUCCAGCCGGAGUUCCUCACCCCCUUGGAAAGGAAGCUACCCCAGAUGGCAACUUAUACGAUGCUACGCAUGGAGCUCGCAUCCUCAAAAAAGCCCCAGGACUUGGAUCAUUAGAAAUCAUACCUUUUCGAGUAGCAGCUUACGAUAUGACCAAGAGGAAAAUGGACUUUUUCGAACCAAAUAGAAAGGAUGAAUUUGAUUUUAUAUCUGGAACGAAAAUGAGAAGGUUUGCAAGGACGGGCGAAAAUCCUCCUGAUGGUUUUAUGGCACCAAAAGCAUGGAACAUUAUAGCAGACUAUUACCAAUCUCUAGAAAUGAAACAAAUAUAGAAUAGAUUGUUACUUAUAGGAGCUAGGAUUAGUUUAUAACAAAUUGUAUAUUCAUAUCAAACUAUAAAUAAAAUUUAUUUUU